UGUUACACAGACUAAUAAACAUCGCGACGUUUCUGUUGCUGUGGUGUUCAGAGAUAACAAGAGGACAGUACGUGAUAACGAUAAGCCGGAAUGAGGUUGCCAACAUUUACUGUUACUCUACCAUGGAACAAACUAAGUUCAGAAACACUUCCAGAGAGUGUUUGCCAGAACCUGAAGUUAGACCCCCAAUAGUAACAGAGAAUAGUUGUAUGACUAAAGUAGACUCCACGAAGGACCUCCCACUGAAGAUUACCUGUCAGACUGCAGGAGAAAGUCUCAAUAUUAGUGUUCUUGUUAUUCCUGAGAUCGCCCCUAAAUCAAGGUAUAAUACAACAGUGUCAGCAGACGAUUCCCCCUUUUGGUGUCUGAGCGAACUUACAAGCAGUGAUAUUAGUGCUGGACAUCUUCUUUCCCUUACUUAUACUGGUAUGAGAGACGAGAAAGAGAGGACCCAGUUCUACACAGUAACCCUGCUGCCCACCUGGGAGUUCACACUAGGUCGACAGUUCAGCUGUAACAACACAAACUACACACUAAACCGAGUAUACACGUGUCUACAGUUCGUACCAACAGGCUGGCCCAGCUUCACUAACUGUACCACCCUGCAUAAAGUGGGGAUCACUAUUUUUGUGGUGUUGGCUUUCCUUACUGCGUACUGUGUUAUGUGUGUAGGUCUCACUAACUUAUUACAGCUGUGUAGGAGAAAGAAAGUUUGAGUUGCUUUUCUGAUUUGUUAAAUGCUACACCUUACUACACCUUACUACACCUUACUACACCUUACUACACCUUUAUUAGAUAAGUUACCUGAAGAAGGUGUUGAAAUGCUGGAGUAGUUUUUUUUGUGAUCAAUUUUUUGAAUGGUUGAGUUUCUAAAAUGAUAACAUCUGAUAAGCAAAAUGAUUUAGAGUUAUUACAUAACAACUGUUAUUAAAUUAUUAAAUUAUCAAGUUUAAAAAUCGCAUCUUCACGCUUUUUAACGCUUUUAUAUAAGAUGAGACGAAUUUAUUGAUGAGCUCCGUAAACACGAUGAGGUCGAAUCAGGACUUUCACUAAUAUUUCACAAAUACUUAACUAAUCAAGAUAUUUCCUAUUUCAGAUCACGUACAUUGUCAGCUGUAAUUAACAAGUGUAAUAUGAUUAAUAUUUUUAAAAGCUUGGUUUAACUGUAGGAGUACUGUUCAACACCACUCUAAACAAACAUUUGUAAUCUGCAUUCAAUAUUCUAAUAUUUAUUUUACUUUAUUUACAAAACCAUCUUGUAAUGUUAUU